AUACAUAGUUACCAUGUGCUUUAGUGCUUUAGCCUGGUGGUAGAACUUUCCUCCAUGAGUGUGGGGACGCAUACUAAAACUUAAUAAUGUUAGCUUAUUAAUACCAUAAUAUUAUGUUAGCUUCAACUCCAAAUCUUUAUCUGCAAAAAACAGAAAGAAUGCAAACGAAAAGCCCGAAAUUAACGAUGGCGCUCGAGGUCAUCGUUUUGAUACUGCUAUGGCUAAUAGAAGCAAAAGCAGCAAGCACAACUCCAAGGCCAUUAUGUCAAGUUUCAUGCGGUAACAAUGUGCAAAUACCAUUUCCUUUUGGAAUUGGAAAAGGUUGUUAUAUGAAUAAGAAUUUCGAGGUACGUUGCAACAAUUCAAGGCCUUUCUUGAUUAGCAUUGGCAUGGAAUUGCUGGAGUUUCAAACAGAUUACUCUUUUAUUGCCAACAAUCCUGUUAUUCAUUCGAGUUGCAGCAAUAAAUCCUCUACUGCUGCAACGAUUUCAUUGGAAGGCACUCCGUUUUACUAUUCAAAAUUCAUAAAUGACUUCACAGCGACGGGCUGUAAUAAUCAUGCUGUUCUUAUUCUUCAUAAUGGUACUAAAACAGUAGGGUGCAACUCAGCCUGUCGAAACGGAACCAGAAGUAGCUGUACGGCAACUCUUCCUCCUUAUCUACAGUCUUUUCAAGUAAACAUGACAAGUUUUUCUAGUAAUCAUAGUAGCUGCAGAUCUGCCUUCAUUUCUGUUCCGAAUUGGAUUGAAUCUCAGCCGAAAAAUAUUAUUGGUGAUUAUUCCCCUGCAGAGUUCAUAUGGGGAGAUCCUAAAGGGAGUUGUGACAUAAGUAAGAUAGCUGACAGGAACUGUACUUCUAGCAAUUGUUGGGCACAACUCAGCACAAAUCAAUUUUGUAUAUGUUCAGAAUGCCAAGAUGUGGGAAAAUGCACAGAUCCAAAGAACUUUAUGUGUAGCCUGUAUUACCUCUAUAACCCGGCAGACAAAAAAUACAUGUGUCCUCCAGGGUAUAAGGAAUCAGAUACUAUUUGCUUCCCUGAUUUUGGUGGAAAAUCUCGGAUGAAAGCCAUCCUCAUAGGUUGUGGAUCAGGUUUCGGAUCUUUGUUAGUACUUACGGGUAUAUGGUCUCUGUACAAGAUAAUAAAGAGAAGACGAGCAAUGAAGCAGAAGCAAAAUUUCUUCAAAAGGAAUGGUGGAUUGUUACUAGAACAACAGCUGUGCUCUUCAAACAAUCAUGUUGAUAAAACAAAGCUGUUCACUUCCACUGAAUUAGAGCACGCUACGGAUAACUAUCAUAAAAAUCGAAUCCUCGGUCAUGGAGGUCAAGGAACUGUCUACAAAGGAAUGUUGACUGAUGGAAAAGUUGUUGCUAUUAAGAAAUCUAAAAAAGUUGAUGAAGAUAAGCUCGCGCAGUUCAUCAAUGAGGUGGUGAUUUUGUCGCAAAUCAACCAUAGAAAUGUGGUUAAACUGAUCGGAUGCUGUCUGGAAACGGAAGUGCCUAUGCUGGUCUAUGAGUUCAUUCCAAAUGGAACACUCUUUGAUUAUUUACAACAUCCAGAUGAAGAGUUGGCAUUUACUUGGGAGAUUCGUAUUCGGAUUGCUGCUGAAAUUGCAGGCGCUCUUGCCUAUCUACAUUCAUCAGCCUCUACGCCUAUUUAUCAUCGCGAUAUCAAAUCCUCAAACAUACUUUUGGAUGAUAAAUACAGAGCAAAAUUAGCGGAUUUCGGAACUUCUAGAUCGAUUUCUAUAGAGGACACACACGUGACUACUCGAGUACAAGGAACUUUUGGAUACUUGGAUCCUGAAUUCUUCCAGUCAAGCCAGUUUACUGACAAAAGUGAUGUUUAUAGUUUUGGAGUAGUGCUUGCAGAGCUUUUAACGGGUGAAAAACCUGUAUUUUCGUCGUCGCGGUCCACUGAUUGCAGGAGUUUAGCGACGCAUUUUCUACGAUCAAUGGAGGGAGAGAAUCGUUUGUUUGAAAUUCUUGAUGCUUUAGUUCUGAAGGAGAGUAAGAAGGAACAGAUCGUUGCGACUGCAAAGCUGGCUAAGAGAUGCUUGAACUUGAAUGGUAGAAUGAGACCUACCAUGAAGACGGUGGCAUUGGAGUUGGAAGGGAUUAGGAGAGGUUCUUGUAUAGUUGAAGAACAAGCUUAUGAUGUGGUUGACAUUAGUGAAUCGUCACGCUUGUGGGAUAUUGCUUCAUCUUCUUCCCAUUUAGAGGAGCAAACUUUAGUUCAUCAUUAUACUUUAUGACUUGUGAUACAUAUAUAAUAGGAUAGAACGUUGUUGUUUAGAUUUGUAUUAUCUAUAUAUUAAAAUUUUAAUAAAAAAUUAACUAUCCAUUAAUUUAUAUUUGAAAGA